AUGGAGCUCGCAGCAAUUGGACUUGCAUCCAACGUCAUCCAAUUCGUCGAAGUUGGUUUCAAAAUCGUCGCCAUAUCCAAAACCAUCCACGACUCUACGUCCAGAGCACCACGGCGUAAUGACGAGCUCAACGCUCUCGUAACCAACCUCUCCGUACAAACUAAGGAAGCCAUGGCCAAUUGUUCUAUAUUGAGAGGAUCCGGUGCGGCGUUAGAGCUCGUCGAGCAAUGCAAGCAACUGAAUGAGGAGAUCAGGCCCGUUCUGGAUAAGCUCAAGUUCACACGGAAAGGGAAAUCAAGCAGCUCGGGUUGA